AAACGAUCAAAUUUUUUUGAGAAUGUUGAACGCAGGAAUAAGAGAAGGGCAAUCCACCGUAAGGCCACCAUUUUUUGAUGGAACAAAUUACUCCUAUUGGAAGGACCGAAUGAGGAUUUUUGUUCAAUCAAACGACUUCAAAAUUUGGCUUGCUAUCAAGAAUGGAGAUAGCUUGCCGAUGAAGAAGAUAGGCGAUACACUCAUCCCGAAGGACGAGGAUGAAUAUGAUGAAGCCGACUUUAAGAAUGCCCAAUUAAAUUCCACCGCCAUCAACUUCUUGUAUUGUGCUGUCAAUGCCAACGAUUAUCAAAAGAUAUCUCGUUGCCAAACCGCCAACCAAAUGUGGAACAAGCUCAUGAUCACAUACGAAGGUACGCCUCAAGUUCGUGAUACAAAAAUUGAUUUACUAACCCAUGAAUAUGAGUUAUUUUCUAUGAAAGAGAACGAACUUGUGGAGGACAUGUUUGGAAGAUUUUCAAACAUCGUCAACGACCUUGAUAUGCUUGGAAAGACGCUCACCGACAAGGAGUUAGUGAGGAAAAUCCUGCGAAGUCUUACCAAGGAAUGGGAGUCAAAGAACGAACUUGUGGAGGACAUGUUUGGAAGAUUUUCAAACAUCGUCAACGACCUUGAUAUGCUUGGAAAGACGCUCACCGACAAGGAGUUAGUGAGGAAAAUCCUGCGAAGUCUUACCAAGGAAUGGGAGUCAAAGGUUAACUCCAUUUACGAAGGCCGAGAUUACAACGUCAUCACAUACGACGAUCUUCUAGGGAUAAGAGAAGGGCAAUCCACCGUAAGGCCGCCAUUUUUUGAUGGAACAAAUUACUCCUAUUGGAAGGAGCGAAUGAGGAUUUUUAUUCAAUCAAACGACUUCAAAAUUUGGCAUGCUAUCAAGAAUGGAGAUAGCUUGCCGAUUAAGAAGAUAGGCGAUACACUCAUCCCGAAGGACGAGGAUGAAUAUGAUGAAGCCGACUUUAAGAAGGCCCAAUUAAAUGCCACUGCCAUCAACUUCUCGUAUUGUGCUGUCAAUGCCAACGAUUAUCAAAAGAUAUCUCAUUGCCAAACUGCCAACCAAAUGUGGAACAAGCUCAUGAUCACAUACGAAGUUACGCCUCAAGUUCGUGAAUCAAAAAUUGAUUUACUAACCCAUGAAUAUGAGUUAUUUGCUAUGAAAGAGAACGAACUUGUGGAGGACAUGUUUGGAAGAUUUUCAAACAUCGUUCACGACCUUGAUAUGCUUGGAAAGACGCUCACUGACAAGGAGUUAGUGAGGAAAAUCCUGCGAAGUCUUACAAAGGAAUGGAAGUCAAAGGUUAACUCCAUUUACGAAGGCCGAUAUUACAACGUCAUCACAUACGACGGUCUUCGAGGAACGAAGCCAAGGCGUCCAAGUCCAAGCGUCCAGAUCGGGACGCUUGAGCUGCUCCGGCCAACCAGAUUUUGCCACGUGUCUUUCUUGGAUUUCAAUCUAGCCCAGGCGUCCAACUUCAAGCGUCCAACUUGGCCAAGCACCCAAGUUGGACGCCUGGAGGCCUUGGUCCGUUGGGCUUCGCGGCUGUUUCGUGAUUUUGGCCCAAUUUCGCUUUGUUUUGGCCCCGAACACUGUUUUUGACCUCCCGGAAGCUCGUUCAAGCCCGAAUCUUGAUCCCUUGAUGAUUUAUUCCCUUUUUCUCAAAUACUUGAACAAAAAUGGAUGAUUUAU